UAGUUUUGGAUUUAUGAAAAAUGAAACGUGUCGUAGGUUGGACUGAAGACGAAUUGGUGAAGAAGUAAAUACGAGAAAAAUAUUCUACUUAGUAAGAGAAGUAGUCCUCUCACAUUUAUUGCAAUCUUUUUCUUUACGCCUUCACAUGUUCUUCGCAUCAACUCCGCUGCCUAUAUAAAUCUUGAAACUUUUUACUCAUAAUAUUGCUUAUUGUUUUGGUGAAAUCUUGCAAUCUAGCACCCCCUUCUCUUGCAAGAUGAUGCUGCGGGGUAUUCAGUUGGCAAGAAUGGAUCUUGCAUGCUCAAUCUAAUUAAUUUGCAUUUGCUGGGAGUGUUGCUAGCUAUUUUGGAGUAUUACGCCAGGAAUUAAUAUUGGAUGUGCACUAAUUUUCAUAUGAGAUUUGAUUUUCACCGGCAUUUCUAUUGGAAAUUUCUUGGUAGCAACUGGACUGUUGCAAUCGGUAACUAGGAUUUUGGAUCUUGUUUGAAAUUUGAUUUUUUUUUUCUCCUGUGAAUAUCACCAUCAGUUGUGAUGUCUGUAAUUUUGUGUCCUAUUAUCUUUUGAGAUAUUUAAAAUGGUAUUGUUUCCUAUCUGCAAUUUGUCUUUUUUUUUGAAUAAAUUGUGCUGUGCAUUUGGUGUGAGUAAUGUAGAAGAAUGUUGUUGAAUACUUGAAUUGAGGUCUUUGUUACAUAUGUAUUCUUAUUGAUGCUGCAUUAAGAAAAUCCGUUUUGACUUUUCUUGUAACAAUGCUUCAUCUGUAAUUUUGUUGGUUUGAUCUGAUUAUUAUGGAAUUUAGAAAUUGGAAAAGGAUAUCGCAAAUGGCUAAAGAAGUAUCACAUGCUGAAAACAAUACGAGCAUAAAGUCUCCACCCGAGCCUUCGCCCUUGAGAAAAGCCAAGUUUUUUCAGGCAAACAUGAGAAUCUUGGUUACUGGCGGUGCCGGAUUCAUUGGAUCUCACUUAGUUGACAAGCUGAUGGAAAAUGAGAAGAAUGAGGUCAUUGUUGUGGACAACUACUUUACUGGAUCGAAGGACAACUUGAAGCAAUGGAUUGGACAUCCGAGAUUCGAGCUUAUUCGGCAUGACGUGACAGAGCCAUUAUUAGUUGAAGUUGAUCAAAUCUACCAUCUUGCUUGUCCUGCUUCCCCAAUUUUCUACAAAUACAAUCCUGUGAAGACAAUAAAAACGAAUGUGAUCGGGACACUAAACAUGUUAGGGCUUGCAAAGCGAGUGGGGGCAAGGAUCCUGCUGACAUCAACAUCAGAGGUUUAUGGUGAUCCGCUUGUGCAUCCUCAGGAUGAAAGCUACUGGGGCAAUGUGAACCCGAUAGGAGUCAGGAGCUGCUAUGAUGAGGGGAAAAGAGUGGCUGAAACUUUGAUGUUUGAUUACCAUAGGCAGCAUGGCAUUGAAAUAAGAAUCGCAAGGAUCUUCAACACUUAUGGACCUCGGAUGAAUAUUGAUGAUGGCCGGGUUGUCAGUAAUUUUAUAGCUCAAGCAAUACGGGAUGAACCUUUGACAGUACAGUUGCCUGGGACGCAAACGAGAAGCUUCUGUUAUGUUUCUGACAUGGUUGAUGGUCUUAUUCGACUGAUGGAGGGGGAGAAUACCGGGCCAAUUAACAUCGGCAAUCCAGGUGAAUUUACAAUGACUGAGCUUGCUGAGACUGUGAAAGAGAUGAUCAAUCCGAAGGUGAAGGUGAUAACCGUGGAGAACACUCCAGAUGACCCGCGCCAAAGGAAGCCGGACAUAACAAAGGCGAAGGAAUUGCUGGGGUGGGAGCCGAAGGUCAAGCUGCGUGACGGCAUUCCCCUCAUGGAGGACGAUUUUCGCAAGAGGCUCGAGAUCCCCAGGAAGAACUGAGUGCUGCCUGGUUAGACUCUAGAUAUGCUAUGCAUUUAUGCCAUGCUUGUUAAUGGCGUUCAUAUAUAUAUAUAUAUAUAUAUAUAUACAUGUUUUCUUCUGAGUUGAGUAUCUGCUUUUGGCCUUCUUGAGUCAAUACUUGUGGAAAUCUUUACAAGAAAGACUAGAUUUUCUCAUCAUCAAAAGACUUUAUUUCGUUUUA